AUAUUCAGCGAACGGACGUCGAGGAGUUAGCGUCGACGCGGUGACGUCAGGAAGCGCCCCUGUGUUUUCCGCCCCUCGUGCGUGCGGACUCACGUACGCACGCAGGCGCGGCCACGAGCGGGCAGGGGAGGGGUGGAGAGAUCCGAGGCGCCCCGCCCAGUCAGCAAGGUUGCGCGUGCCCCGUGCGGCCGCCAAGAUGGUGGUGGGCGCGUUCCCUAUGGCGAAGCUGCUAUACUUGGGCAUCCGGCAGGUCAGCAAGCCGCUUGCCAACCGCAUUAAGGAGGCUGCCCGCCGAAGCGAAUUCUUCAAGACUUAUAUAUGUCUCCCGCCGGCUCAGCUGUACCACUGGGUGGAGAUGCGGACCAAGAUGCGCAUCAUGGGCUUCCGGGGCACAGUCAUAAAGCCGCUGAACGAGGAGGCGGCUGCUGAGCUGGGCGCGGAGCUGCUGGGCGAAGCCACCAUCUUCAUCGUGGGCGGCGGCUGCCUGGUGCUGGAGUACUGGCGCCACCAGGUGCAGCAGCGCCACAAGGAGGAGGAGCAGCGCGCCGCUUGGAACGCUCUGCAGGACGAAGUGGGCCACCUGGCGCUGGCACUGGAGGCGCUGCAGGCGCAGGUGCAGACCGCGCCACCACAGGGCGCCCUGGAGGAGCUGCGGGCGCAGCUGCAAGAGAUGCGCGUCCAGCUCUGCGCUCAGAACCAGCAGCCGGAACCCCAGGCAGUGUCCACGUCCCAGACAGCGUCCGCGUCCCAGGCAGUGGCUGCGUUCGAGAAAUAGGAGGCUGCCGAAGCCUGAACUUGGACGUGGUCAUAUGUGUGCCCUGAUGUGGGCUUCUCCCCACCUAACCUCUGCCAGUGCUGGCCCAGCGGAAACCACCGGGAUGCUGAUGCAACUUGGCAUUUGGUUACCCCCUACUGAAAGACCAAUGGUAACCACCUCUCGGACCACCCCCCAGCAGGUGAAAUGUUCCAAUACAGCCCUCUCCAUCAUCCCUCACCCCACCCCUCUCCUCCUGCAAACCACGCCGACCUACAAGGUCCUGGCCAGCAGGACAUCAUGUGUACUCUUCUGGCAAAAGACAAAAUGGAACCUGGGCCUGAGCUGAAUCAAUUUGUCAUUAUGUUACCCCAUCCCCCAUUUACCUGGACCAUUGUAAGGGAAUGCAGUUUCUUUCAAUGGCUUCUUCUCCCCUCACCUUCUAAGGUCAGCUUUAGCUGAGCAUCACUGCUUUAUCUGAGGCGGGGAAAAGGAUCAUGGGCUGCAAGUGAUCUACCAAAUCCUUAUAUCUUCUCCCUUAACCUGAUCUGAGGUACCUUCCCCUGAGACCCCAAGUAUAAUAUUCUGACAGCACUCCCUUCCUCUUUUAGUCUGUGGCACAGCCCACCGGAAUGGCUGUGCAGGGUCUUAUCUGGCAGUGUGCCCCAGACUCCCCUUCUGUAGUGUUAAAUUUGAUCCUAAUUAGGGCCAAUCCAACAUGUCUUUCAGCUUCAACCAGCUAUUUACCUGUCCUCAAAGUCCCUGGACCUUGUACUAUGUGGUGUGUCCUUUCCUACCUUCCCCAUCAUCCUUUUAGUGGCAUUUCUGGGGGGCCUGCUGGCCCAUGGAUUAGAUUGUCAUAUCCCCCAUCUUCCAUCCAAAUCUAUUGAUCUGUGUGCUCUUGCCCUCUUCCCCUCACUAGUCCCCCCUUCAUGUAGCACUACCCUCUGCCUCCAUAGCCACAAGUGCCACCUCCUUCCCAUUGGACUAGGCCAUCAGUUGGUCUUACCUCCUUUAUUAAUUUCCUGGGAUCUCCAUAACAAAUCACCACAGACUUGAUAGCUUAAAACAACAGGAAUAUAUUCUCUCACA